AUGGCUGUUAAUGCUGGAAGUCGCAAUAACAAAAACAAUCGUGGUGAUUUAACGAGUCAAUCAUUCAUUGAACACGUUAGUGAAGCUACUGGCGAAGACGAAGACAAAGAAUGGCAAAGUGGAGAUAUUAAUCAAAUAUUUAAUACUUGUGAUUUAGAUGGAUGUGGUUAUUUAGAUAAAGAUAAGCUACAGUGUAUUUGUCCACAUUUAAAUUCGGAUGAAAUUGAUGCCAUAUUUAAUGAUUUAGACACGAAUAAAGAUAAUAAAAUUAGUCUGUCAGAAUUCUCUUCUGGUUUCAAAUCACUUUUAAGCGAAUUUGUCAAUAAUGAACCUCCAGUAGAAAUGUCACAUUUGAAUUAUAAACAAUCGCCAUCAUCUCCAUCUAUGAUAAACGACUAUUCAGAAAAUUUAUUUUCCAGUGAUAAACACGAUGCACAUUCACAAAUCAACGAAGUGUUUGGCAAUUUAACUUGGAGAAAGACAGUAAUUGAAGUGAUAAUAACUGUAACUAUUGUGGUACAAUUAUCGAUCGAUGACAUGGAUGGAAUUGAAACGGCCAUAUUUUCAAACCAAGAACAAGUAUACGAAUUUUAUGAAACACUUCGAAAUGGCAAUUCUACUGAAUCUGUUGAACAAUUUCAAAAUAUUCUUGAAGUAUUUGUACGUGACAUAUUAAAAUAUCGAAAAGAAAUUAAACGGCUUGAAGAUGCAUAUAAACGUGAUAAAGAGAGCAAUGAUAAAUAUUUGAAACGUUUUGAAGAAGAUUAUGAACGAGAAAUGCGUCUAUUGGAAGAAAAAACCAGAAAGGAGGCGAAUUUACAACGAAUGCAAAUGAUUGAGCAACGAUAUGCAGAAUUGAAAAAUGGCGAAGAUUCAGCAGUGGUAUUAUUACGAAAUGACAUAUUAAAAUUAACUCAAGAGAAUCAAACAUUGAAUAGUUCAUUAAAUGAAUCUCUUACAUCAAUUGCCGUACUUCAAAGUGAAUUAUCAGCAAUGAAGGGACAUUUGAAUGAUAGACAAAAUCAACUAUUACAUGAAAAACAAUCAUCUUCAAGUAAUUAUCGAGAUAAAGAAUCAUUGAAAGCAAACGUACAAUUGCUAGUCGAAGUGAAUAAAAAACUCCGCGAUGAUAAUGACAAUUUACGAGCAUCAUUAGAAGGUGUAAAAGUGAAUUCAUCCCGCACACCAUCAGAAAAUGUAUCACCUUCCAGAAGAAAUCGUAUGACGCGAACUGGAUCUAUUUUAGAAGCAUACUGGAACAAUAAUUCAACAAAUAACGGAUCAUCAACUCCACAACUUAUGACAAAUCAAGCACAUGUGAUGCCAUUACACGAAAAAAAAUUGAAUUCCUUUGAUGUUGAUUCCGAUGAUUUAGGUAGAAAUCAACUUCUCAAUAGUCCUAUUAGUACUAUGAAUGGUAUUAAAAAUAGUGGCUUAUCGCUUACAACGCUGCGAGACAUAACAGAAGUUGAAUCAGAUCGAGAACAACAACCCAGUCUACCAUCAGUACCAGCAACAAAAACAUUAAUAAACUCUAAAAAUAAUCGUUCAUUCCAAAAAAGAGAUAAUGCAACUGAUUCGGAUGAAGUUUUUGAUGAAGAGCGUAAUAAUCCAAAGAAAUGGCCACAACGCUCAAUAAAAUCAAAAAGCUCAAUAAAUAGAUCAGUAAAAACAACUGGUACGGCAACAUUUACACCACCAUCACCUCUGUUAACUUCAACACCACAGUUAAAAUCUGAGCAACAAACACAAAAUCUUCCAUUUGAUCGAAUGUAUAAAGUUGUGUUUUGUGGUGAUGCUGCCGUUGGUAAAAGUACAUUGAUCAUGCGGUUAUGUAAAGGAAAAUUUGUGUCAACUGGUCAAGAAAGAUUUCGAAGUAUAGCUAAGUCGUAUUUUCGUCGAUGUGAUGGUGUAUUGUUAGUAUACGACUGCACCUAUGAACGAUCGUUUCUGAAUGUUCGAGAAUGGAUCGAUACAGUAACUGAAGCCACAACAAAAAAAGUUCCUGUUAUGAUUGUUGCAAAUAAAAUUGAUUUAAGAGAUCAAAUGAGAAGUGAAGGUCGCCGAGUAAUCGAACAUGAUGAUGGCAUGAAACUGGCCAAGGACUAUGGUGCUUUGUUCAUUGAAACAUCUGCUAAAGAUGGUACAAAUUCAAAUGAAACUCUUAUCGAAUUAGCUAGAGAUAUGCGCUGUAACGAAGAUCUCGAAGUUGUUUCAUCUGGCAUGCAACUUGAUCAACAAGCUAAAAAAUCAGGUUGUUGUUCACGAUUUUAA